CAAAAUAUUUUAGUUGGAGGUUUGCACUUGCCGAAUCUAGAUCUCGGUCGGGAGAAGUUAUUCGUUUUGGGACUAUCCCUUAUCCUUUUUAGAGUCAUCCUAUUUUGUCUUGUUUUCAUAGUGGAAAGAUUUUAUGCUGAUUUGCCUGAUGGUGUAAACAGUGAGUGUAGGAAGUUACAUCUGUACAUUAAUUUGAUUAAGGCAAAAUGGAGGCGUCAUACCAGGGGGGAGUAUCGUUUGAAGACAACGACAAUUUUAAGCGUCUGUCAUCGACAAUCGCAAGUAAUAUUAAAAAGAUAUCUCAGAAUGUGUCCUCUAUGUCAAAGAUGGUCAACCAGCUCCAGACACCGCAAGAUUCUCAGGAGUUGCGGAAUCAAUUGCGCCAAAUACAAAAUUACACCCAAAAGCUGGCAAAGGAUACAUCAUCAUUGAUUAUGGAGCUGAUGAAGACUCCGACUGACAUUCCAGCUAAUAAGCUUACAAGAGAGCGGCUGAGCGAUGAGUACAUGACCACUCUCAAUGCAUUCCAAGCCACCCAACGUUCAGCGGCUCAGAAGAGCAAGGAUGAUGUUCGUAAAGUCAAAGCUCAAAAUAUUAACAUCGGUGAUCCGUUUGCUCUUGGAGGCGGAGAGGGCGUUGAGCUUGGGGAGCGUGUCGUGCGACAGUCGCAGCUGUCCUCCAGUUCCGAGCGUGAGCUGCAACAGUUGGAGGAACGCGAGAGGGACAUACGACAGCUCGAGAACGAUAUAAUGGACGUGAACCAGAUAUUUAAAAACCUUGGAUCCAUGAUCCACGAGCAAGGUGCUGUGGUCGAGUCUAUAGAGUCGAACGUAGAGGAUGCGGCCACUAACGUUGAGUCGGCCGCCCGCGAGCUCAGCCAGGCUGCCACCUACAAGAACAAGAUGCGCAAGAAGAAGGUGAUCCUGUCAAUGAUCUUGAUGGUCAUCGUAGUGGUGACGCUGGUGCUGUUGCUGGGUCGCUGAGAUUGGCUUGCCACCGUGCUGUUCUGGCUCGGUGUGCAAUGCGCUCUCAACUAUACGUACGACCUAACGUUCUAUGAUGUAUAUCUCAUCAUAUAUCACACACUUUUCAACGAUUAAACACGUCGUUGGACAGUUGUUUGGAAUACUUUUCGUUUACGAUUUUUUCUAUUCAUUAUAUAUCACUUUGUGCGCUUUCAUACAUUUAGUUUUAUUUAAUCACAGUAAACACACCAACGGUUUUUGAGAUAAUAUAACUAAUAUUCCUCUGUAUAGAAUGGUAUAAUUAUAAAUUAUAAUUAUUUGUGGUUCAAUUGAUUCGUAAAUAUAAAAUUAUUGGGUUUUUUAGGGCUGGUAUACAUUAUGAAUAUAUUUUUACGUAUAAUAAAACUUGCAUAUAGAUUGAUUUUUCAUAUUAUCUAUAUAUUGCAUCAGUACUUAGGUCGCCAAGCGAUUUUAUUGAAAAAAAAAAUCCAUUUAUAUUUUAUUACUUGUAUUUAUUUCUCAGUAUGUCCUGCAAGCGAAGUUACGUGCUUAUGUAAACUGGCCUAACAUUUGAUUGAUUUUGAUUCCAAUUCAACAUCUUGUAAGUCAAAAGUAUUUCAUACAUACAUAUUAUGUCACUACAUGUAUCUUAGUUUUAAGAUUUAUUUAACCAUUCUAGAAAAUUACUGUUUUAAAAUUUCCUAAUGAAUUCUUUAUUUAUGCUAUAAUUGCGUGGAAGAUGAAAUGAGAUUCUGUUUAUUCUGUUAUUUAAGUUUAUUGUUUUUAGGUGCUGGAUAAAAUAUUACUUAACUAUUAUAUUUUUGUGUGCAGUCAUCCUUUUUACUUGAUAAGAAAACUGAUUAGUGUAACAAUUGCAUAGCUGUUUAACUAGUACGAUAACUUACAUAAGCUGCUUUUAAUACUGUGAGGCUUUUAUAUAACAUUUUUAACAUUUCUACAAAUGAAAUAACCAUGAGUACUUUCAACAUUAAAUGUUUGGUAUUUAACUUCGCCCAUCUUGAAAUAUUUUAAUGAAUGUUUACUACACAUAUAAAUAUAACUUAUUAAGAAUUAGAAUUAUGACGUCAUUAAUGUAACUUUUAUGAUAUUCUGAAUGUCUGUAUAUAAUCGAAUAAAUAUCCAACAUCUCUGUUAGACGAGUUUCUAAUGUGUAGUUAUAAAUUUAUUUGCAUAAUUAUUAUUAGUCUCUUGGAAGAGAUAACGCGUUUUAUAUAUGUAUAUUUAUGUACCAGUAUUCAAUGAGACUUAGUUUCAUGUUACUCAUUAUAUUCAAUGUAUUGGAAUGUUAAUACGCUCCAAUGUAUGUUAGACUAUCAACUUCUUUUGAAUAUAUCCGUCGUCAAACAAA